UCUCGUGCCAUUAAAUUCGCUGGAUACCCUCGCUUUGGAUCUCCAAGCUUGCAGCCUAAUCUUGCUACUAUCGCAAAAUAUCCAUUGAUCAGAUUUCUGUCAACCUCGCGACAUCCAUCACUGACCAUGAGUGACAACACCUACGUAGCGCCGCUUCAUCCUCGUCCCGGGGACCGAUCAGUAAGUCCGCUGUCCAAGGCUUUGAGGCCCUUUGAGAUGUCGUGUGAACUCACUCCGAGCUUCAUUGUAGCGCGAGGAUGGUCGGGAGUUCAAGUUGCUGCACUUCAUCUACGAUCAGCCCAACCGAGACGAGAUCCAGGGCAAUCCCCAGAAAGUCCUAGAUCUUAUCGACGAGUUCGCGCAGACAUAUCACUUCAUGAACAUCGGCCCGGACAAGGGCAAGUUUAUCACAGAAAUUAUCGCCGAGCGCAAGCCCGAGGUCAUGAUUGAGCUCGGUGGCUAUGUCGGGUACUCUGCCAUCCUAUUCGGCGAUGCCGUGCGCCGGGCCGGUGGAAAGCGAUACUAUAGUCUCGAACUGAACCCAGAGUAUGCCGCCAUUGCGAACAUGCUACUGGAUCUUGCUGGUCUGCGCGACUUUGUGCGCAUCAUAGUCGGUCGCAGUGAUCUGUCCCUGCACAAGCUAUUCGACAGUGGGGAGGUCAAGCAGGUGGAGGUUCUGUUCAUUGACCACUACAAGCCUGCCUACACCACCGACUUGAAGCUUUGCGAGCAGCUGGGGAAGAUCGUGCCCGAGGUCUCGGUCGUGAUCGCGGACAACGUGCUGUACCCCGGCAACCCGCCAUAUUUGGAAUAUGUCCGCAGUACGGUGGAGCAGAAGCGCGAAGCGGCCAAGAAGGGCCCUGAACGGACGUACAACAGAGAGGGCAUUCCGGAUAGGACCGUGCAGUCCUUCCUCGGCGCAGAUGCGACUCCUCAAUUCGACAUAAUCGGCAACCCGAACCUCAUCUACGAGAGCAAACUCGUGAAGCCGGAAACCACCAGGGUAAGUCGGAUUCUGUGACGCAAUGAAACGGCAGAUGAGUUUUCUGACGCGACUUGUGUGCUUUAGGACGCCAUCGAGGUCACCCGAUGUGUGGGGGUACAAGAGUAGUAGAAGGGAGGUGUGUUUUUCGGGGAAUCUGUGUACACUGGUUGAGAGAAGGAAGGGAAAGAGGCUGCUAAGCUGGAUGGC